AGUAUACCAUUUGGUACGCGCUAUGGUAGCUGGCGGGAGGUGAGUAAUCUGCAUGGUAAAAAAAAAUAGAAAAAACUCUUAUCUCGCUGAAAUCUCGACAUAUUUACAAAUGGUUUUGUUUAUUAUAUACCUUAAUAACGUGGCUAUGAGUCGGGAUGCUUGAGCAUAUUUAAAUGGCAGCUUUUCUUUGAGAAAAAAAAAAGACUUAAUCAUGAAGCACAGUUGUUUCACAGCUAUUUGUGCACAAGGGCUAACUUUGAAACCACAAUCGAGAUUUUAAUUUCUUGUAUGACAGCCUAUUUUUUAUUUAUUUAUUUUGCCCAAGUGACAGUCUUUGUGGAUGUGCUUGUGUUUAUCACAUCCACAUCAUCGAACUUGGCUAACAGGCUCACUGUGAGUGAGACCAAGUACAUAUUACAAAGUUGACCCAGCGAAAGGCAGAAAUGCUCUUUCUAUUCAACAUAACUUAAGAUACACGAUUUCCAAGCUGUUCAGUGAAAAUGGCAACAUGAGGCAGAAAUUUAUAUCGAAAAUAAAUAUUUAUAUAUUUAUUGCUAUAUGUUAUUAUAGUUAUCCCUGUAAUAGAAAUAUUAUUUAUAUAACAAACAUGGAAUGAUUAAAUGUUUUAUAUAUAUAUAUAAAUGAUUUAAUAUAACUGCCUUGUGUGUCUAGGCCUAUAGCUAUUGCUCUACCUAUCUGCUAAAUGUUUGUUUAUGAAAAUCCAUGGUUGAAGUCAUUCUUGAGUAUGCAGGAACAUUACUAGAACUCUGAGCCAAAAUUUCGCAGUUUAUGGUUGUGUAAAUGCUACAUGCACCUUCGACUGUUAUGUUAUGCGUGGGCGAUUAUCCCGUAGCAAAAUGGCCGCCAUGCGCGGACGUCGUUCUCCGUUGGCUAACAGGAGGCGUAAGCCAUCUAGCAUUUAUAUACAUAUAUCCAUGACCCACGUGACCAAGAAUCAGCGAGGACGCGCAGCUCGGCAGGACCAAGCAGAUCGUCGCACUGUUCUUGGAGCCAAAAUGGCGCUAUGUUUACGUCUCUACAUGGUCGUAUGGUAUCCCUAGCAAGUCUCAUGAAGACCUUCGGCGACUUCACUCACUGGAGAAGAUAACUUGUCUUUGCAUUUACCUACAUCACCAGUGAUCCCCGAACAACUCGACAUUUGGUAAUGAUAGUUUGAGGCUGUUUUAGGGUGUCAUUGUAGUUUGCCUUUUUGCAGUUACUGGCAGAUCGGUACUAGGUUUGCCAGCUAGUGUUCUGUCAAACGAAGACAACUAUUACGUUAAGGUUUCUGAUUUUUCUACCACUAGCUAUUUUGUUGCUAUCUCUUUCCAGGUUUUACGGUGCCAUCUGUACCUCAAAGACCGCUAAUCUCACAAUUCGCAACUCUGAUUAAUUGUCCUAUUGUCCCAAGAUGUAAUGUUCAUAAUGUCUUUGUGCAGAUCUGUGGCUGUAACCAUUACCAGCAGCAGGAAGGAUGCAGGCUGAGGCCGCAGACUCUUCUUUGGCAGAGGGCGUAGAGACUUUAGGGGUGAAGGACACAGAAAAAGCUGCAGAAAGCCAAGGGGAGGAGGGCAACACAGAGCAACAGGACACAGAGAUGACUGCUGCUGCAGAGGAGGACACAACUGCUAAAGAUGAAAAGGGUGAAUGCAUAAAAGAAAAGCAGACGGUGCAAAAUUCAGUGUAUGCAACUUCACAUAGUCAUAAAAAUGACCUGCCUAUUUUCCCUGCCUUCACAGAUGGGGAUAUGGAUGUAGCAGAAGCAGAGGAGAACAAGGAUGAAGCUCAAGCAGACGCAGGAGUAGAAGAUGACCAGGGAAAGCAGUCUGAUGUGACAGACGGUGAAUGGGAAAUAGCAUACAGCGAUGAGGAAAUAGAGGAUCCCAAAAACUGGAUGCCCCCUCCACCUGAGAUCAAGAGACUCUAUGAACUUCUUGCAAAAGGAGAUAUGCUGGAAUUGAACUUUGUGCCUCUUCCCAGAAGGCCCCCUACACCUGAACGUACUCCUUCACCUGAGAGAGAUGAUGAGGAGGAAGCCGCAAAGGAGAGGGAGAGGGAAGAGAGAGAGCGCAAGUCAGUAUUUGUUUUUUUUUUCCAAGGUCUGGUUUGUGUAAACAUUGUGUAAUUGUAGACUCAUAAAAUCCCUUUUUUUCCAGGCCUCCAACUCCAACUGAGUUUGACUUCGAUGAAAAGGAGACACAAGCGACUCCCAAAAAUUCCUUCCUUCCUUCAAGGCGCAGAACACCAGGUCUGUCAGUCAAGUACUUAAAAUAAAUGAAAACAUGAGUUUGGUCCUAUCAGGUAAAUCGAACUGAUGUUUCUUUCUCUCCCUCAGGAUCUUCAGCACGCUCCUCAGUGAAAAGGGAAGCUCGUCUGGACAAGGUUCUGUCAGAUAUGCAGCGCCACCGCAAAAUCGAGGAGCACAUCAUGCGGACGGGUAGGGACCUCUUCAAGACAGAGAAGAAGCUGGAGGAGGCUCUGUCACCAAACAGCCAGAAGGAGCGGGAGAAGGAGAGGGAACGAGACAGCAACCCAAACACCAUCUUCUCCCCAAGACAGAGGAGAUACUGAAGUAUUACUGAUCCAGAACUUGUCCUUGGCCAAGAGCUUUCAGAGGCUUUCUCAAAACUUGAAUUUUUUUAAGUAACGAGUUUUACAUGUUUUUUUUAAUGUGUUUUGUAUAUUGACAAUAAACAUUUUAAACCCUGGAUAGUCGUAACAGGUCUAUUUAUUAGUGUGCAGGAUGAGCACUAAAAAUCUUAAGUCACAUCAUAAAGUUUUACCUCUGUUAGGCAAAGAUUAGUCCGCUUUUGAAUACUUGAAACUGCUAAUAUAUGAAGUGCUGGUCUGGCGCCAUCUAGCGGCUUAUAGCAGUGAACUUAAAAGUAACAUGGUGUACUUCAUGAAAUUUGUUUUCAACACAGGAAAAAAAAACACUCAAGGCAGACUCAGGACAGAGAAGUAUAUUUUAGCUAAGUUUGAGUAACAAUACAGCCUUCACAUAAGGCUCAGAAGCAUAUAGUAUAAUAUGUAUGCAUAAAUAUGCAUUCAAAACCACAACCCAAAUAAAUAAAUAAAUAAAUACUUACAAAUAAAUAACGAGCAUUUUGUGGAAUAUACAGUACAUCAGUUGAAAUGUUUUAGUAUUGUCAAGAAGCAGUACCUUAUGAGUUCAUGGAACAGGGGAAUGGAUACUCUGUGUUCAACAUGCCCACAGUUGACCAUAUGGUUUUUUGGCACACACUGCCCUGUCUUAAUGGUUUCUGAGCUUUGUUUUCUUUUUUUUUUCUAGACCCAUUAUCAGGAUACUGAAGCUGCUUUAAACAAGAAAAACGGAAAAAAAAAAAAACUAAGUAGUUUGUUCAUAAAAGGUUCAUAGAACCAGUGGCUCAAAUAAAUACGGCUCAAUGAUCAAAAGCAAACCAUAAAAUGUAAAACGCUAAAAUGAUUCAUGAACUCAGGAGUGGUUAAAAGACAUGUAGAAAUCAUGGACACGUGCUGCAUGUCAAUCACAUGGGAACGCUUCCCUGGAUUGUUUUGUUUCCCUUCAAACUUAGGAGGCUCCUAACAAAGCUAGAAAUAUUCCAAUCUCAUGGAUCCCUUAGUCAAGCCAAUCGAAUGAAUGUCCUGCGAUUUACACAAGCAACAAAAUGAACCAAAAGACAUCACUUUGAAAGCGAGUGCUGCUGUGCAUCACUUCCAUGAUUGCAAAAUGCCAAAAAACACUUUGUAAUAGUAAUAAAUGGAAUGGAGUCGUAUCUACACUGAAACAAUAAGUGGAUGUCGGGAGGUCUGAGGAGGAGUCGGCAUACACUGAGAGGUAAACCUAAAAUGUUUCGUUCACUGCUAAGAUGUUGAUGAAAAAUGUGCGGCAGAAAUUAGACAAAAAUAACAAAAACAACGUCGACCUAAUACUGAAGUGGAAAUGAGGACAAUUUUACAUUGGCUAUGUACACCUGUCACAUUUGUCCGUCUGAGGGAGCCUCUUUCUUCUUUGCAGAGGUUAUAAAUAACUCAAAAUGUAAAGAAAGUGUGAGGAAUGGGAGAAAAAGGGAUAAGGCAGCAGAAUACAGUCUUGUGAAAUUAUCUCCCUUCUAAAAAGGUGAGUCAGUCUGCAGGUUGGUUACAUUUUGUUAGAGUGACAGUGACUACAUAGAGGAUACAGAUAAUAAACACUAACAAGUCAAAAUACUGCUUAGCCGGGAUUUUUUUCUUUUUUGAAGGUCCUCUUCAUUACUAAACUGAAUCAGGCCUUCCAUCUACAGCAAAUGUACUAACAUACAAUAUAAUACAUUCCUAUUUUCCUGCUCUUCCUGUACAGUGAGGCAGAGAGGACUGAAUUUGAUCUACAUGAGGGAAAUAGCCACCUAUGCUUGCUAUACAUCCAGGCAAAUUCCUCUCAGGUCAGUGCAUGUUCCUAUCUGUCACAGUGCCGGAUGACAUCUUUAAAUACUGAGUGCGCUUAACACCCCACACGCUUCAUACAAACUGAGAAGCUGAAGUGCUUGAAGGCCAGCAAGCAAACAUUUGGCGUUUAGAGUUUGACUGCUGGCCGCAAAAACUUCGGCGCUGUUUGAGGCCAUUGUCUGUAGCUUUCUUCAUAUUGCUACUUGUUUCAAGUCUCUUUUUUUCCCUCAAAGCUUUCCUUUCUUUACAUACUCAUUGGUACAUUCGCCUUCCUUCCCUCCCCACCCUCCCCCUACACCCUCCUCAGUGGGUGGCCAGGUCGGACUCUGUGGAGCGUGCGCUGUAGCCAUUGGCGGGCUGCGGCAGCGCAUUGCUUUCUGUCUGGCGCUCCUUAGCUGCAGCUGUGCUGGAGCGCGGUCUCUGAGAGCGGGAGGAACCUGUGAACAGUCGCAGGGCACCCCUGCAAAUGAGGGAGAACCAAUAGAGCUGAGGGGCCAUGAGCAGGGCGGCACCGAGGUUGCAGUGCCACGGCACCGAUAGGGGAACCAUGUGGAAGGGAAUGGACGCGUACCUAGAUCCAAAAGGAGGAGACACAUCGGGUUGUAAAAAAAAGUGUUGCGAGCCAAAUAUCCAUUAAGAUAAAAAUCAUGUGCAAGUUGCCGACCCAAGCUCAGCGAGACAGCAGAACAUGAGAAAAACAGAGAUGGAAAGACAGACAUACCUUCCAUAGACGUAGUAGAGGUAAGGGAAGAGGAGGACUCGACAGAUGAAAAAAGUGAUCAGCAUUAGAGCCCCAUUCACUUUGUGCAGGAGAGUGUGUUGCUGUUUGUACUGAGAGCGGAAAAAAACAGAGGGAGAGGUCCAGAGUGAGGGAGGAAGAAAAGCAAGCAGUACAGUUUGGUGAGAGCUGACGAAGUUAAUCUUACCUACAUUGUUACAUUGUUAAUACUAAUAUUGUUAUAUUUGCUAAUAAUAUCUGCAUGAACAGACUGAGUGAUGAUGGAGAGCACAAUAUGUCAUGCAGCUGGUUGAGGCCCUGGUGCUCAGUGGUCUUCUUGGUUUUCAGCCAGUGACAACUUUUAUCUGCUAUGGCCAACCUGCUCCAGUGAGAUAACACAACAAGCCUGCCUGCGUUUCUCUAGAGGUUCACCUCAUUACUAUUCUCUUCUUUCCUCCCCUUUACCUCCAUGGCAUCUCCUCAAUAAAUACUGAUGUUUUUAUUGCACAUUUAUUACCGACUAUUCCACAGGUUUACAAAGCCACAGCUAUUAGCCUGCUAUUGUUUAUCAAACGGCAACAUGCACUGUUGUCAGGGACAGGCAGGGUGCUGAGUGAUUGAGAGUGGGGGGGGACAAGCUGAUAUUGUAUCUGCAGAAUAUCCCAUCUAAAUACUAAAGGGCUAUAUUGAGAGACUAACAGCUGUGGGAGCCUCAGAAGGGGAGACGAGCAGAAAGCAAGGAAGGGGCAACCUUAACCUCGACACUGACACACCGAACACAACACCACAACAAAAACGGAGGGGGCUGCAUCUUCUACCUAUCAAGCAAGCAGUGUUACCAACUUAAUGAGUGAUGUGUCUGACAGUGCUGCUCAUGUGAGAUACAGCCGAUGGGCAUGAACAAGCCGCAUGCUGGGAGUGACCAGAAAUAUUUUUCCCAUUGAGUGAGAAGGUGAAGGGAAAAAAGAGAAGUGAAGAGUGCAGAAGAAUUUUAGUGUGACAGAUGCACAUGCAGCGAUGCACUCCGGUCCUCUGGAAGCUGAACCUAGACACUCACCUGGAUGAGAAUUUUUCCUAAGCAGACGGAUGGAGUGCUGAGCUCCGCCAUGAACAUUAUACCUUGGAAAUAAUCUCCCUUUCCUUGUCGCCAAAACUAGAGAAAGGAAAAGAGGUUGAUUAACCAUCUAGAGUGUAAUUACAGCUUGUUCUUAUGUGGUCAUUAAGAAAGAUUUUCAGUAAAUACCCCUCUGUAAUUAAAUGAUUAGCUGGAGCUGGCAAAGAAAGCUUUUUAAGGCUUAAUUCCUAUUUCUCCAAACAUGUGCUUGGCUCUUUAAUACUUUUAUGAGUAGUCUGGAUAUAUGGUAAAACGAGACCUUGAGAUGUCUCUGCGAUCAAAUUUUAUCUUCUUUUUUUUAUUUCGCAAAUCUGAGAUUACAUCGCAUAUAUAAUGCACAGCACACAUAGCUUGUUGAGCAGUGCAAGGACAGAUAAAAACUGUGAGUCUAAACUUGUAACUGUAACUGCAGGUGGACUGAUCAGAAAAAAGGCAUUAGUUUGGAUACUCUUUGUUUAAUUGUGGCAGAAAUUUCCUAACAACUAAUAUCUUAAAGCUCCAGUGACUUCUGGUUUGUGUCAUGUUUUGAAAAAGUGUGAUUCCACUGCAAUGCAUUAGUAGCAACAAAAUAUUUCUAGAAAACUGCAAAUACAGGGGUCACAGUAUUAUCAAUUCUUUAUCUAACCCAGAGAUUUUUAGCAGCAUUGAACAAACUAUACAAUAGUAUACCAGCACAGAGUGGGUAGUUUCAUUUCCAUAACCAAGGCUUUCCUUUUCCCCCUAAAACUUCAGUCCCACAGAAAAAGAAGGAAGUGAAAGUUACCACAGAGACGGGGAAGCAGACGGUGACCAUGACAACAUGGUGCAGCACCAUGAGGAACUCGCGACGCAAGUAGCUGGUCAGUGCUGAGCUCAUAUGUUGGGGCGCUGCCGAGGCCUCCUCAUGCCCUUUGACCCGUAGCUUGUACCAGUAGCACAUGAACAUUGCGUAGAUGUCGUAGACGAAGUAGGGAACGGCAAACAUGAUGUAAGUGCUUGUCAGCCAAUGCCUGGGUAGGAGGGGAGAAGAGCAUUAUUUUUAAAGUGAGGCCCACAGAUGGAAUCGAAUCUCUAAUCUAAAAGAAAGAGCAGCUAUCACGCCUGAAAUGGGAAUGACUUUUCUUCAACACAAUCCUAGAAAACUCAAUGGAACCAAUCUCAACUGAACUGAAAACAAUCUGAAGUACUGAAGAUGAAAUGGCAAGAACAGAUAAACUAAAAAACUGCUCACAUACAUAACACCUUAAACUGCAGAUACUUUCCAGAGAAUGAAGAUUGUGGUUACACCACAGUAGAUGAGAGUAAAACCCUGAUAUUAGAAUCUGAUGGUUUGCAAAUCAUUUAAAGCUUAUAGUUAAAUGAAAAUAGUGCAGAAACAAUAUACAUAAUGUUCAAACAGAAAAUUUGUUUGAUGAAAAUAUACAUUUUCAUUCAAAUAUGGUGCCAUGCUGUAGUAAUAAUUGUAAAAUGAUGUUUGGCAUCUUCUUGCUGCAGUAUGUAAGGUCUCCCCUAAAAAAAGCCAUUGUCUGGAGGGCAGCAUAUGUUCCUCCAGAACCUGUUUAUGAUGUUCAGCAUCAGUGGUGCCUUCCCAAGUGUGCAAACUAGCCAUGCCAUAGGCACUCAUGCAUUACUAUUUCAUUAGGGUUCCAUACCCUCGGUUCAGAGCAGAGGAUUUUGAUUUUACACGUUUCCUCUUUGCAAAUACAGACUUAACCUGCACAUGUAGAUGCAGCAGCACACUGGGUUUACAGACAGCUUUUAGAUAUGACUGAGCCCAUGCAGUGAUUUCCACAUUCAGAGUUAUGUCUUUUUGGUGCAGUGCCACCUGGGGGUCUGAAAUUCACAGUCAUGUGGUAACAGUUAUCAGCUUUGUCUCUUCUGUAUGGAGAUGUUCCUCCUGGUAUUUUUUUAAGCAUUACACAACUGUUUUGAAGAUUUCAUGUCCCUGUCCAAGAUGAAACUUGUUACUGGUAUCAACAUUUCAAAUGAGCAUAUCAGUUUCAACAUUUAAUUUUUUUUGUCAUUCCACUACUUUCAACUCAGUCUAGGAUUUUAAUGAUUUGCAGACCAUCAAAAUUAGUUUCAUUGACAAUGUGCACAAUGUCUGGACUCUUAUAGAACAGGGGUUAUGGAUUUCUUGUUUACAUUUUGUGUCUAAUGUUGAAAUAAUGCAUUUUAAUAGGAUUUUUUUAAACUUACUGGUCCUCUAUUAUGUCCUCGCAGGAAGAAGCUAUGAUGUAACCAGCUGAGGAAGCCAUGACUGCUUGAACUGAUGACACCAACCUGACAGCAGAGAAUAACAAGUAAACAGCAAAUAAUGCAUUUCUUAAUAGGCCGUGUGGCGAGAGGUUUAAACUGUCUAUGUAACAAAUGGUAAGUCCCCAUAUGCUUUUACGCAGGAGCAAUACAUCUAAAAGCACAAGGGAAAAACACAUUACGAAUGCAGCAACAACAUUUCAUUCUCGAGUCAAAGAAAAAAACUACGUGCAAGCUUCAGUCCAAAACUACUUGGACGGUACAAGAACUUUUGGGAGGUUGCUGUUGCCACAGAGAAAGUGUAAUGUGCACAAUUUGCUCACUCAAAAACACCUUAAAAAAACAAUACCUGGCAGAUACAAUGACUGCAUCUCCUUCGCUCCACCUCAGUGCUGGGAUCGUCUUCAGGCAUUGUUUGGACAGAAGGAAAAGGCCUGGAAAGAACACAGACCCAGCAGCUAGGAUGGUCAGCAUGGUCCCUGGUGAUCUGAGGCGAAAAGUUCAGUAGGCAAUCUGGUCCUUGAGAUCCGUCUCUCUUUCUCCUCUCUGAAAAAGAACAAAAAAACAAGAAUCAGUGAAGCAACAGUCUGUAUUGAUCUCUCUGACUUGUAGCAACUCCCACAUGUAUGCAUUUGGCUGCAUUGACUGUGAUUACAAACAAUGCAGACUAUCAAAGUCCAACAUACUGUACGGAUCAAUGCUGGACUUCAGGUCCAAAAGGUCUCUGGGACGUCUUGCCAGAUUCACAAUAAAAAUAAGAGCAAUACGGGAGGGGGUGAUGGACACGAGUUGGAAAACAGGUUUGCAAUAUCGGGGAAUGGACGGUGCAUGGGGACUAUAUAAAUGCUGAGUACAGACAGAAGGCCCCUUUGUGCAGCAUGCUGCCCUGUCCAUCUGAUGACAUUGAAACGCGUUAUUCACAUUAAUUCCUGGGGCAACCAUGUGCUAGUUCCAUGCGGUUUAGCAGUUUGCUUACACUACACUAGCUGACUCAUUAAAAAGUUGAAGUCCAUUAGCAAAAUACGCAUUGCGCUAUUUUUAAAAUCCUGAACGUCGAAACUAUUGACACAGGCACGGCUGCUGGAGCUCACAGACCCUGACAUUAACGUUUGCCAAUGUUACCUGUCUGACAAACGAUUUACGGGUCGAGCUUGACAGGUAGCACACCAAGUACCUCAAACGAGACCGGCCUUUGGUUGACAUGUUGGUUAACACUAUGGGCUAAAUAGUCAAGCAUUAAAAACAGCGAAUCCUUUUCUACAUGUAUUCCUGAGCUUUUUUGUCUUAAUCGUGCUCUUCUGUGAGCACAUAUAUCACAUAAACUUGGAGUGAAUUGGCGCUUACAUAUCCAGCGCUGCAGAUUAAAUAACGUUCAACCUGCUAGUUAUGCUAAAAUUAACGCCAGCUGGUCAAAAGUUACACAAUUCAAGUGGCUUUAUUGUCAGGAUGACUCGUAAGCUGGAAAACUGGGUCACCAGAGUGUAGUAAAUGAACAGACAAUGCUGGUCGCAGUACAUGUCACCCCUCGCCUAGGAAAGCAUGACCGACCGUCUGCGGCGUUCAACCGCUAGUGUUGUGCCGUGAAAUGUAUCCCUGCCAUAUAACGCACCCCCUGCAUCCCAGCCACUCGUUAGCUUCUUAAAGUGGAAGGAAAUGAUCUAAUAUUUAAAAAAAAAACACGCGUAUUUGAUAAGGACAAGAUGUUAAAUGGAGCAGCAGAAUUUCGUUUUGUUUAUGUGUCUGAAAAAUGCAUAUAUAGAUGUGUACUUGGGUAUACAAACUGUACAGUAAGCUGUCAAUGUAGAGGAAAUAAUAUUUUCGGGACAGAGGGCGAUUGUUUUUGUCUUAUCUGAAUAGCCUGAAUGAAAUCGUUAAAGGUACACGCUUUUGAAUCCACCCAAUAGUAAGGAAAACUUGUAUUAUUUCGCCUUGUUAUGUACUUUCAACCGCGCUCCCGUCAGGGGGUGCAUACUACAGCGGGGAUGCAUUCUACGGCACAACACCGGCUAACAAUGACGCUAAAACCGUUAGCAUCCAUGAAAUGUCGAUGUGACCACACUUAAAUAAGGAUAGUUAGCGAGAUGGUGGCCUCUUAUACAGCAUAACUAAUAACUUACUAAACAGCUAUCCACGGUUUGCCAGACAUUCAUGUUAACGUUACACUGACAUUAAACUCUUGUGUUAGCUUGUUAUUUGUUUGUAGCACUUAGCAGUAGCCUCAACGCUAGCUUACCGACCCUUUGAGGCUAACAGGCUAACAGACAGGAGUUUGCACAUGUGUGGAAUAAAUAGAAAAUCCUGAGUGGCAUUUACACAGAGACUUUGCAGAGUCCGGUCAGCGGCCAGUCGAAACUCGUGUCCUGCAGGCAGCGUUUAAUGUUAGAGAUGUCCCGGGGGUGUCAGCCUCGACGAUCCGCAUGUUUAUGUGGCCACUUCGAUGUCUGAAGGAUAGCAGCAGCGAGCUAACGCUAGCUUGCAGCAACUUAGAUCGACAUCUAUGAGAGGAGAGCUCGCUGAGAGCAUUGGUAAGCAGCCCGAGAUGCCGCUGGACAGCGAAUUAAGACACUGCUAACUGGUGAAGAAAUAAUAUCAGCACGGUUCGAUCCAGCGGUUCAGGUGACACAGGCUCGCCCGGUCGCUAUGUCAUCUCGUCUGAGUCCAGUGAUGCCGCCGCCGCCGCCGCCGCUGCCUCAGCCCCGCAGAUGCAACGUUGACUCAACACAGAGGACUGCUGCGCCAGCUGCUUCCUACAGGUCCAAGCGGCAGCAGCUCAUGACAUGACGAGGAAUUUGCACCAGUCUCUGCAUCCCAUUUUGCAAACAGUUUUUUUUAUUAUUAUUAUUUUUUUGUUUGUUUUGUUGUUUGUUUGUUUGUUUGUAGGGAAUAGUUGAAUGCCCCACCUCACUGUCUACUGCUGCAUUCAUCAUUUCAAAUGUAGGGGAGAGUGGGGUAAGAUGAGCCAUUUUCAUAUUUCAGAUCACUACAUCAAGGCAAUCAUAGUUUUGUCUCUGACUAGUGUAUCUGCAUAUAUUUCAAGAUGUUGUGCAUCCCCGCAAACCAACAGAAUGAGUGUAAACAGAACUGUCUUGAUAAUAUAGCAUGCCAAAAAAAGUGGUCUCCUAUGGUUUAACUUAUCCCAUGUAUGGGGUAAGUUGACCAUAGGAGUGGGGUAAGUUGAGCCAUAUCCCUACUACCCUCCACUCUCCACCCCAGCCCUCCCUCACCUUCUCAGAAUCAGAAUCAGAAAUACUUUAAUAAUCUCAAGGGGGAAAUUGCUUUUGUCACAGUACUCCAGUGCAAAUACAGUAAAAGAGGAGAUAAAUAAUAGAUAAAAUAAAAGAUAAAAUAGAUAAAAUAAGUAAGAAUAUAGAGAUAAUAUACAAGUAUUUACACUAUAAACAACACAAAUAGUGACAUCGUAUGCAUGUAAAAUGGGCAUCAAUUUAUUAAGUCAGUAAAGGUUAGAAGCACAUGGGUGAAGGGGUGAGACAUUUAUUAAAAAAAAA